GGAAUGGUGCAGCGGCUGCAGACUUGAGAACCUCGGGGUCCGGCACCCCAGCCAGCUCCCCGCCCUUUAGAUGGCACCCCUUCCGAGCAGCGUGGCCCUCCUCUUCUUGUUGGCCGCUCACUGGCCCGGUGCCGGGGCUCAAUUUUUUAACUGGUGGGGCCCGAAGGCGACCGAAGCCCCCCCGGGAGCCCUCCUGGUCACCUCGACGCCUCAGGGCGGGCCUGCCCCCUCUGCAGGGUCCGCAGCCCCUAGCGCAAGCCCUGCUGCCCCGAGUAGCACCCCCGGGGCGAUCCCGGAGGAGCGGCCGGAGCCCGGGUCCCCCGCCCCCGCCAAUGCCAGCGCUGCCCCGACCCCCUCGCGGGCGUCCCCCGAGAGGGCGGACCUCAAGGAGGAGAACCUCGCCGGCGUGGGCGCCAAGAUCCUGAACGUGGCCCAGGGGAUCCGCAGUUUGGUUCAGUUCUGGGAUGAGAGCAGCAACGCGGAGAGUUCUGCCGAGGGGGAGGCGGCGGCCGGCGCCUCCACGACCCUUCCCACGCUCCCCUCCGCCGGGGCCGGGGCGGAGCCCAGCGCUCCGGGGAGCGUGGGCACCCAGGCUGCCGGGGAGGUUUCCCCGCCCGACGCCCCCCGCCCGACCUCUGCCUCGGCCCCCCCUCCGGGAAGCGGGGCCCCGGAGCUGGCCCCGGGACAGCCCUCGGCCCCUCCCCCAGAAAACGCGAGCUCCGAGGUGAGCCUGGUGCAGCUGCUCGGGCAGCCGCCCCCCCAGCACGUCUCCCAGGUCUACGACCCCGACAGCGGCCCGGCCUACGCCUUCGGGCCGGAUGCCAGCGGCGGGCAGGUGGCGCGCUACCACGUGCCCAGCCCCUUCUACCGGGACUUCUCGCUGCUCUUCCAUGUCAAGCCCACCAGCGCGCGGGCGGGGGUGCUGCUGGCGCUCACGGACGCGGCCCAGGCCGUCAUCUCGGUGGGCGUGAAGCUCUCGGCGCCGCGCGGGGGCAAGCAGGACGUGCUCUUCUUCUACACGGAGCCGGGCGCCCGCGAGACGCGCACGGCGGCCAGCUUCAGCCUGCCCUCCUUCGUGAACCAGUGGACGCGCUUCGCCCUCAGCGUGGACGGCGACGAGGUGGCGCUCUACGUCAACUGCAAGGAGAUUCAGAGGCUCCCGCUGGCGCGGUCGGCGCAGGAGCUGGAGCUGGAGCCCGGGGCCGGCCUCUUCGUGGCCCAGGCGGGUGGCGCCGACCCCGACAAGUUCCAGGGGGUGAUCUCCGAGCUAAAGCUGCGAGGGGACCCCCGGGUGACUCUGCUGCAGUGUCUGGAUGAUGACGAUGACGACAGCGACGGGGCGUCCGGAGACUUUGGAAGCGGAGAAUAUGAGCAGGGGGCAGCCUCGGGCGCGCACAUGGAGCCCCCCUUGUUGCCCGGGCUCCCUGAGGCUCCACCGGUCACGUUGCCACCCCUGGACAGGAUCCCCACGACUUCACAGCCGAGCUUUGUGGAGGCAGGAGCCUCCUCUGGAGUGCCGCCCGCUCCCAGUGGGGAGGAGGGGGCUCGAGGCUCAGGCAGGUCUGAAGGGGCUCAGGACCAGGACAGGAGAGGAGCAGAGGAAGGCCCCAGACACGAGGCUCCAGGCUUGAAGGGGCAGAAAGGUGAGCCCGGGGCUCGGGGCCCGCCUGGGCCGGUCGGUCCCCAGGGCCCCGCCGGCCCCGCCCUCCACCACCCAGACGGUUCCACGGCGCAGCAGGUGCCUGGGCCGCCAGGACCCCCCGGCAAGGACGGAGAGCCCGGGGAUCCCGGUGAGGACGGAAAGCCGGGCGAGAUGGGGCCUCAGGGCUUCCCGGGAACCCCAGGAGACGCGGGGCCCAAGGGCGAGAAGGGAGAUCCUGGCAUUGGGCCGAUGGGCCCCCCUGGUCCCCCGGGACCCCCGGGACCUCCCGGACCCGCUUUCCGACCCGACAAGUUGACUUUUAUCGACAUGGAAGGAUCUGGCUUUGGAGGGGACCUGGAGAGCAUAAGGGGUCCUCGAGGAUUCCCAGGGCCCCCGGGGCCCCCAGGUGUGCCGGGCUUACCAGGAGAGCCGGGGCGGUUUGGAAUGAACAGCACUGAUGGGCCGGCCCCCCCUGGCCUUCCUGGGGUGCCAGGAAGAGAUGGCUCCCCUGGACCCCGAGGACCCCCGGGCCCCGCAGGGCUUCCAGGAAAGGAUGGGCAGCAAGGCCCCCAGGGGCCGAAAGGAGACCAGGGCGACGUGGGCUCCCCAGGACUGAAGGGCAGCAAGGGAGACGCCGGCCCGGUCGGUGCUCCAGGAGAAACGGGCUUGGCUGGUCUCCCGGGACCCAUGGGCCCUCGAGGACUGCCGGGCCCCCCGGGGCCUCCUGGUCCUGGCUGGGGAGCUGGAUUUGAUGACAUGGAAGGCUCAGGGGGAACGUUCUGGACCGCCGGCCCGGGCACGCGAGGGGCCGAGGGACCACAGGGACUGCCCGGCUUUCCUGGGCUCAAGGGUGACCGGGGUGCGGCUGGACUCCCUGGAGAGAAGGGAGAUCCCGGCCUUCCCGGGCUGCCGGGGAGUGAAGGCGUGCCAGGGGCUCAGGGCCCCAAAGGGGAUCCAGGAAGCCCCGGGCAGAAGGGAGAACCAGGGAAGGACGGGCUGGGGCAGCCUGGCCCCCCCGGGCCUCCCGGCCCCCCAGGAGAGCUGACCUACGUGUCCGAGGACGGGAGAACGCUGGCCGGUGUGGCAGGACGGGAGGGCAGACCCGGCUACGCUGGAUUCCCGGGCCCAGCUGGUCCCAAGGGAGAUAACGGGCUGCCGGGCUCCCCGGGAGCCAAGGGGGAGAAGGGCGAGCCUGGAAGUGUCCUCACGCUGGCCGAGAAAGGAGACAAGGGGGAGCAAGGUCACAGGGGGCCCCCGGGCCCGUACGGGCGGCCAGGGUACAAAGGCGAAAUCGGGAUGCCGGGAAGGCCGGGCCGCCCGGGCAUGAACGGCCUGAAGGGCGAGAAGGGGGAGCCUGCGGACGCCGGCAGAGGCGUAGGACCGAGGGGCCCUCCUGGACUCCCAGGGCCCCCGGGUCCCCCGGGCCCCCCAGGCUCCUUUGGUACUUCUUUCUAUGACAAUAACGGAUUCCUCGAGCCCGGCCGCCCUGGGCCUCCAGGACUGCCAGGUUACCAAGGCCCCCCCGGAGCCAAGGGCGAUAAGGGAGAAGCCGGACCUGCCGGGCCACCAGGGCUCCUGCCAUAUGAUUUCAGCUCCCUGGUUGAGCACAUGAAGGGAGAGAAGGGGGAAGCAGGCACGAAAGGGGAACGGGGAGAACCCGGCAGUGGAGGAUUUUUCAGCUCCGGAGUCCCAGGCCUGCCCGGCCCCCCCGGUCCCCCAGGAUACCCCGGAGUUCCGGGUCCCAAGGGAGAGAGCGUCAGGGGUCAGCCCGGCCCCCCAGGACCUCAGGGGCCUCCGGGCAUAGGCUAUGAGGGACGACAGGGCCCCCCCGGGCCCCCAGGGCCUCCAGGACCGCCAUCGUUCCCAGGACCGCACAGGCAGACUAUCAGUGUUCCUGGCCCCCCCGGGCCCCCAGGUCCCCCGGGGCCCCCUGGGACUUCAGGGACAUCAUCAGGGCAGCUGAGGCUGUGGAGCAGCUACCAGAGCAUGCUGCAGCAGGCCCACGAGGUGCCCGAGGGCUGGCUGGUCUACGUGGCCGACAGGGAGGAGCUGUUCGUGCGCGUGCGCGGCGGCCUCAGGAAGGUCCCGCUCGAGGCCCGGAUCGCGCUCUCGCGGGGGGCGGAUAACGAGGUCGCGGUCCUGCAGCCGCCCGUGGUGGAGUAUUCCCCGGGGAACCCGGCGCCCGCGGGCAGCCUCCCUUACCCCCGCCGGGGCCACCCGCACUCUACUGCCAAGCCGUGGCGGGCGGACGACAUCCAGGCCGGCCCCCCCCGCUUCCCCGAGCACGGCGGGCAGCACCCCCCGUACCCCGGCGUCCAGCAGCAGCACCACGACCGCGUCCCCAGCUACCACGGCGCCUACGCCAACGGGCGGCCGGCCCAGCCCACGGCCGCGCUGCUGCACACCCACCACGACUUCCAGCCCGCGCUCCAUCUCAUCGCUCUCAACGGUCCCCAGAGCGGCAGCAUGCGCGGCAUCCGGGGGGCCGACUUCCAGUGCUUCCAGCAGGCCCGCCAAGUGGGCCUGAUGGGCACCUUCAGGGCCUUCCUGUCCUCCCGGCUGCAGGACCUCUACAGCAUCGUGCGCAGGGCCGACCGCGGCAACGUGCCCAUCCUCAACCUGCAGGACGAGCUCCUCUUUGACAACUGGGAGGCGUUGUUCUCCGGCUCCGAAGGCCAGCUCCGGCCGGGCGCCCGCAUCCUCUCUUUUGACGGCAGGGACGUCCUGCAGCACGCCGCCUGGCCGCAGAAGAGCGUGUGGCACGGCUCUGACGCCAAGGGACGCCGGCUGACAGAGAGCUACUGUGAGACCUGGCGCACGGACCAGGGGGCCGCUACCGGCCAGGCGUCCUCCCUGUUCUCGGGCAGACUGCUGGAGCAGAAGGCCGUGAGCUGCCACAACUCCUUCAUCGUCCUCUGCAUCGAGAACAGCUUCAUGACCUCCUCCUCCUCCAAGAAGUAGGAGGCGCCUCUGCCCCCCAGGGGUGGCCCAGGGAUGGAUGGACACACGGAGGACAGGGCCGGGUUCCGGGGGUGGCUCAUGGCCCGGACCAGAGGGCCCGGCCCCAGAGGGGCCCCAGACAGGCUCCGGCCCGGCCGGCCCACGUCCCACGUGGCAGCCCCGACUUUCAUGUAAUCGCUGAAGAAAUAAAAAGAAGCCAAAGAGUGUAUUUUUAAAAAAGUGUAAAAACAGAAAGCUGCUCCCGAAGGCGCCUCCCUUCUCGGUCCAGCCUUGGCCCCGGUCCUCGGCCUGGCCGCCCUGCUGGCUCUGCCGGCCCUUCUGGACUCCGGACUUCCCAGUCAUGAGCAGGUUUGCCCAGGGGGAGGGCUCUUUCUUGACCUCAGCCACAGCUUCUCCCCCUCCUUCCUCAUUUUCUUCUCUUCCUUGUCCCCCUCCCCCAACUAGUACCCAGCCUCCUCUUCAGCCUCCGUGCCUUUGCUGAAGGGGCUGGAGUCCCAGAACUCUCGGCGGCUCAGCACCCUCCUGCUCCCGUGGGCAGUGGGCGCCAUCUUCCCCCCAAGUCCCCCGGCAGGGCCGUGGGCAGCCCUUGCUUCCUGAUGCCCCAGCUCCCCACGAGGGCAGACACUGGGCCAUGGCGGGGUCGUGCUUCCCUUCCCCUUGCCCGUCCAAAGCCCCCAGGAGGACUCUCCUUCCCCCCAGAGGGGCAGAGAGGUAGGGAGCCUAAGCAGCAGUCUCCACUUCACAGAUGGGGAAACUGAGGAAGCUAGGCCAGGUGAAGCCAAGAGGCCUUUCAGUGAGCAGGAGGGGGGCGGGCACUGGGGGCAUUUUUGGGGACCCCCUUGAAGUUUGGGGUCCAGCACCAUGGCCCCUUGUUCUGCUCCAGCUUACUCUUCCUGGGGGGGGUUCAUGGGCACGCAAGGAGGCUAAGGGGAGGCUGGGCAGUGAAGGAAUGGAGGCAUCUGCCUAUGUUUGGCAGUGCCAGGGGGCAAGGCCUGCCCUGGCGCGAGGGCCAGUGGGGGCCACGGUGGCUUUGGAAGGAAAGCUUUUGGGCUCAGGGAUCAGAGUGGGGCAGGGGAAACCUCCCACCGGGCCUGCCUUGUGGCCACCCAAGCUGGCAGCGAGCCACCGUCCCUCAAGGAGAGGCCAGGCUGCGCUUGCCUGGCACAGUCUGCUUUGGUUCGAGCUGGUUCCCCAAAGGGCUGCGCUGGGCCUCUGGUGCUCCCUGCGGCUCGGCUCCCUCCUCCUCGCAGCUUUGGGGAGCUGAGGUCUUCUCGAAGGCUUCUCCUUCUCGGGGUCUGGCUCCCUUCCUGCCCUCUGGCCUCUGGCUCCCCGCGCAUGCUGCCCGUGCCCAUGUACCUGUACCUGAAGUGACGGUGCUUCUGCCGGAGGGCCUGUGGGGCUCUAUGCCCCUCAGGCCUGGCCCUGCCAGGGGAUCCACAGCUCCUUGCCAGCCCUUGAGUGCCCGGGGGGGGGCUGUCCCUGCUGGGAAGGCUGAGCUGCCUACUUGUGCUGCUGUUGGGGCCGGGCACAGACCCUUAGGGUGCCCGCCCCCUGCCCCCUGGCCCCCCUGGGCCGGGGUACCAUGUUCCUCCCAUGGUUACCCAAGACAGGGAUGCCCGGGCUUUAUGCUGGAGCUGAGAUGCCUCAGCAAUGGCCUGGGCAGGCUCUGGCUUCUGCCCCUGGUGGGGGGUGGGGUGGGGAGGAAGACCCGGAAUGCAGAUCUCACUCAGGGCUGUUUUUGUGAGCAGAAGGAGGUGUUUAAGGGGGAGGGACAGGGCGGAGGGACGGCUGCAUGCUGGGGCUGCAGUUCUCAGACCUCGGGGAGCAGAAGGUCACUUUACAGCUGGGCAGGUGUGAAUCUCCCCCAAAUGUACUGGGGCCCAAGCCUUGGGAGGCGGGGGGAGGCAGACAGAUACCGGCUGGCCCAAGAGCAGGAAUCCGACAGAAAUAGGCCGAGUAACGGGACAGAAGCCGCCGCGGGCGGGGCCCGGACCUGGCGAGGGCGGCCACGAGGCGUGGGCGUGGCGAGCCCACAAGCGGUGCGGGCCGCCGUCCCUCUGCGUUCCCGGGGGUUCGUGGGGCACGCGCUGCCGGGAGCCGCCGCUCCUGUCCCCGCUCCCGGGUGCCCGGAGCCAGGGCUCGGCCCCUCGCUUCUUGUCCCGGUGAGGAGGUUUCCGUAAAGGCCCAGGAAGCAGCCCCGCCCCUCCCGUUUUCACGCCCGCUGUACGCCGAAGCGCGCUCCGCCCGCGUGCGCCCGUGUGCGCGGGACCGUUUCUGAAAGCACUGAAUAAAGGAAAGCAGCCUCUCUCA